CUACCUGCGCACACUUCCUGUCCAAACGUCACUGCCUGCUGCUGCUGCUGCUGCUAUGUUUUCGAAACUGCGUCGUCAACGGAAUAAAUCUACCUGCAGGAAUCCCCCCGUGUAGUCCUUAUAGCUGAUGGAGGUUAUAUCACUUCUGUGACAGGGCAGUCUUUUCGUUAGGGAACUUUGUCUCAGCUAGAACAGGCCAUUUUCCGCAAACCAGCUUCAAAGUUCUUUGUUUUAUUAUCCACUUCCGGAAAAGCCUUUCAGAAUUAUGAAAUACAGCCUUCAGAAACUAGCAUGUGAACUGUGGCAUUCAAUCAAGCUGUGAAUACUGAGGAAACUUAUGCUGAGGAUACAGCUGUCCUUCUUUUUCUGAAGAUUGUUGCUGUUAAGUGGAUUUGUGUUAUUUCCUGUGCAGUCAGGCGGGAGCCAAAAAUGAACCUCAACUAGCCACACUUUUCCUUUGUUCUCUUGUUCCCCAGAAAUGUAAGAUGAGGAGACAAAGCGGGCAGACAGCUCUCCCUUCUCUGGACUAAACCCUUGUCUCGACAAGUUUUUCUCCUGACAAGGCCCAGAUAGAGAGUGAAGAUUUGAAGACACGUCUCCAAUCUAGAGCGAGUAGAGCUCACAGGGCCAUGGCAGAACAUAUGGACCUAGCAUCGCCGUGUAGCCUAACCUGGUCGCGGGUGUGCAAAGAGUGUGGACAGUGUCAUGACAGCCAAGAUAACCACAUUUACGAGUACCAGGAUGAGGUGGAUGAUGAGCUCGUGUGUCACAUAUGUCUACAGCCACUGCUCCAGCCAGUGGACACACCAUGUGGACACACAUACUGCCUACAGUGUCUGAGCAGCUUCUUGCGUGAACAAGACUUUUGCCCCGUGGACCGACAGCGAGUGGCAUUGCAACAGUGCCGGUCUGCCAGCCUGCUGGUGCGCAACCUGCUCGAUAAGCUCACCGUGCAGUGUCCUUUCCACAGUGAGUGCCAGCAUAGCAUGCAGCGCUGUGAGCUACAGCCCCAUCUGCACAACAGAUGUCCUGCAUUCAGGCGGCUCAGGGAAGAGUCUGAGAAGAGGAAGAGACCUGCCUGGAGUGAGUUUAAGGGAAGCAAGCCCGAGGAAGAAUCUGAUGCCAAAUCCAACCCUACACCUCCACGUACAAAUAUUUCUCGUGGACCCCCAGAGCCUGGCAUGGUCAAUCCUGCCUUUGAGGAGGCAGAGGAUGGAGCUCCCCUCAGGUCCAGUCUCGUUGCAGAAGCAAAUAUUAUCGAGCUGUUUCGUGAGGAUCCAGGGGAAGUUUUAGGUUUACGCAUAGUCGGAGGGAAGGACACACCCUUGGGGAAUAUUGUCAUUCAGGAGAUUGUGCGUGACUCUGUGGCUGCCCGUAAUGCCAAACUCGCCCCAGGGGAUCACAUUUUAGAGGCAAAUGACGUGAGCCUUGCUUCUGUCCCACAUGCUCAGGCCAUCACUGUGCUGCAGCGGCCAUGCUCUGUUCUUAGGCUUACAGUUAUGCAAGAAAAGGGCUUCAAGACAAGGCCUGAGCUUCACAUGCAGCCUUCUACGGCUUCUAUAAUUCAACCGCCACAGAACCCAGGCACGGUGAUUCAGGUGACUCUAGUGAAACGAGAGCGCUCCGAGCCACUUGGCAUCAAGCUUAUCCGCAAGUCAGAUGAACUGGGCGUCUUCAUCCUAGACCUGUUGCCUGGAGGUUUGGCUGCCAAGGAUGGCAAACUGCGCAACAAUGACAAAGUGCUGGCCAUCAACGGACAUGAUUUGAGGCAUGGUACACCAGAGAGCGCUGCACAGAUCAUCCAGGCAAGUGAGGUACGAGUUAAUUUUGUGGUGAUGAGACCGCCUGAGUCCACUGAAGAGGGAAGUGAACAGCAGAACAGAGGAGCUAGGAGAGGUGUGGAAAACCAGUAUUUCAGACGACGCUCUACAUUCAUGAAGGAUCCUCCUGGUGGAUUCUCCAGUCAGGAAAAAACAGUGAGUUUGAAGAAGGAGCCAAAACAUUCACUGGGUAUCACAAUUGCUGGUGGGAGAGACAGCCGCAGUCAUCUCCCUGUGUACAUUACCAGCGUGCAGCCAGUCGGCUGCCUGCACAGAGACGGUACCAUCAAACCAGGUGAUGUGUUGCUAAGCAUCAAUUCCGUUGACCUGACCCAGCUGACUUACAAUGAAGCAGUGUCUGUGCUGAAGACACAGACAGCCCAGAGCUCAGUGACACUACGCGUCAUCCGCACCAUUACAAAAGAGGAAGAGGAGGACGCAGAGGCAGCAAAUCAAGAGGAAAUGGACACAGUAGAGAACCCCAGAGAGGAUGACAUCAAUUGGUCCCCUCUGUGGACUCGCUGGCUGGGUCUGCCCAGCCACAUGCACUGGUGUCGUGACAUUGUGUUGUUAAAAACCAACAAUGAGAGCUGGGGCUUUAGCAUUGUGGGAGGAUAUGAAGAAAGUCGAGGUCAACAGCCCUUCUUCAUAAAGACCAUAGUGCCUGGAACUCCUGCCCACUUUGAUGGCCGUCUCAAGUGUGGUGAUGAAAUUGUGGCUGUGAAUGGAGCUACUACAGUGGGCAUGAACAACUCGUCCCUGAUUCCUAUGCUGAAACUUCAGAGGAAUAAAGUCACACUUACUGUAGUAUCCUGGCCUGGCAGCAUCGUAUAACAUCUGACUGUUCUUUCUGGUUUCUGAUAUGAGUUUUUGAAACUGGUUUUGGUGCUUUGAAAUUCAAUGCAAAUAGAUCAAAUUUAAUCAAGCAAUAUCUGGAGAUGUUUACUCCCCCUUCCUUGUAGAAGUGUUCUUAUUAGAGACAUGAUACAAUACUCUUAAGCACAUACAAACUGGAAUCUGCACCAUCAGUUAAUAAUUCAAGAUGAUCACCAAGCAUGGGUCAGUUUUAUUGAACAUUUAUUUUUUUUGAGUGACAACAAAGUGCUAACCUGUGUGUGUUUUGCGAUGGGGUACAUGCACUAGUGCUGUACUACUUUCUGACUUGGUGAAUUUUAAUAACAAAAAAUGCUUAAUAGUGACCAUUGCAAAGUCUUUUAAAAAGUCUUUUUAUGGCUGUAAUUACAUGUUCAUUAUUUUCAUGCUAUUGUCUUUUAGCAUUUUUGUGACCAUAUCUGGUCUGGUAGCUGUUGCCUGUUUUUGACUAUAAAACUAAGUCAUGGCUAUUAUGUUUCAUUCAUUUCAUGUAUUUCUAUUCGACUUGUGUAUGUAUAGAAACCACCUGCCUUAACUGCUAAAAUACCAAAAAUGCCAUGUUCAUUUAUUUCUCUCUUUGUUUCUUUCUUUGUUUUCUUUUUUCCUUCAGCAAUAGAAAGAGCUAUAACCAACCAAUAUAAUAAAGGGUUCUGAUUUAUUUUAUGCUA